AUGACCCAGACAAUUCCAUGUGACAAUCCAAGUAAUGAUUGUUGUCAUCCUGUGCCUCCAACAAUUAAUGUUGACGCAGCUUUUAUAGCAUCUAAUAGUUUGGAUGUUAAUAUUGAGGAUGAUGAGGAGCCCUAUGGCACAGCUAGAGCUGUUGAUUCCGAUGAUGACCGGCCAGUUGCACCUUUAAGUGAACAAGAAAUGGAGCUUAUCAGACGUUUUUGUCCUGAUCGUGAUCCACUAGUUCACGAGUUUAGUGACCUCAGUCAUUCUCAAAAUGCUUAUGCAGAGGGAAGAGAUGAUGAGCUGCUGGAGGCUUCUGAGCCUGGUGAGAGUGUGCAAAUUCAGAAGGGCAUGAUCUUUAAUGAUUUGCCCAGCUUAAGAAGGUGGUUGCAACAAUAUUCUGUAAUACGUAAAAGACCCUUCAAGGUGAUGCACUCCCAUGUUGAGCGCCGCUACACGGUUGUGUGUGAGAUGUCAGAUUGCAACUGGAGGGUCUGUGCUCGUAAACAAAAGGCCACCGGGAAGUUUAAGAUCACAAAAAUUGUAGGUCCACACACUUGUGCCCAGACUGACCUUCAACAGAAGCAUCGACAGUUGACCUCUACACUUAUUGCUAGUACGUUAUGCACAACUUUAAAGGGUCAGCCCAACUUGAAGGUCAGAACAAUUAUGGACAUGGCUCAGAAGAUAUUUAAAUAUGACAUAAAGUAUGGCAAAGCAUGGAGGGCAAAGCAAAGGGCCUGGAAGAUGAUAUAUGGGGACUGGGAGGAGGGAUACGAGCAGCUGCCAGCAAUGUUCAAUGCAAUGAAAGCAGCUAAUCCAGGCAUGCAUUACGAGUACAUUCCGAAGCCUAAUGAAUGGAGGAAUGGGAGGCAGAUAUUCUUUCGUGCAUUCUGGUGUUUUCCACAGUGUGUCCAGGCCUUUAGGCACUGCCGUCCAGUGUUAUCAAUUGAUGGUACUUUUCUGCUUGGCAAGUACAUGGGCACUCUUUUGGUAGCCAUUUCCUGUGACGCUGACAACGCAUUGGUUCCUUUGGCUUUUGCUUUGGUGGAGAGAGAGAACAAAGACAGCUGGGGUUGGUUCAUGCGCCUUGUUCGGAUACAUGUCAUUGGCCCACAUAGGGAGGUUGGUGUCAUAUCUGAUAGGCACCAGGGCAUACUCAGUGCCGUACAGGAGCAGAUUCCUGGUUAUGCACCUUUGCACCAUCGUUGGUGUACUAGACACCUUGCAGAGAAUUUACUUCGGAAAGAUGGUACGAAGGACAACUUUCCUCUAUUCGAGGAGGUUGCUCGAAUGCUUGAGGUGCCGUUUUUUGAGGAGAAGUUGGAGCAGUUAAAAACCGCAACAAAUGCAGAAGGUAGGCAGUGGCUGCUAGGUUUGAUGAGGGAACCUGAGAAAUGGACAAGAGCCCAUGAUAAUGGUGGAUGGAGGUACGAGUUUCAGACUAGCAACAUGGCAGAGUCAUUUAAUAGUGUGCUCAAGGGUAUACGUGCCAUGCCAGUCAAUGCCAUUGUAUCUUUUACCUUUUAUAGACUAGUGGCCUGGUUCAACGAUAGACAUGCUCAAGCAUUGCAAUUACAGAGUAAUAAUAUAAAAUGGGCACCUAGAGCUAAGAAGCACCUUGACAAGGCAAAGGAAAGGGCUAGAACACAUGACAUAGAGUGUUUUGACCAUGCCACUGGCAAGUACCAGGUCACUGAAAGGGGUGGUACAACGUCAGAUGGUGAGAUCCGACCAUCAAGGAGUUAUAUUGUUGUCCUGACUGAUUUUUCAUGUGGAUGUGGGAGACCAAGACAGUACCACUCUCCUUGUUCUCACUAUAUUGCAGCAGCUAGGCAUCGCAACUUUGACUACGAGACCAAGAUACCAUGGGAGUUGAGUGUUGAUAGCCUUGUGCUAACUUGGUCGCCCCGUUUUGAGCCUUUCCUAGAUGAGGGGCAGUGGCCAGAAUACAUUGGCCCAAGGUACAUUGCAGAUCCAGGUGCUCGCUGGAACAAACGUGGAACCAGAAAGCGUACGAGGCAUAAGAUGGUCAUGGACCAGAUUUCAGGUAGAACGAGGCGAGGGAGAGCAACCCCGUUUGUUACUGACCCCGAGCAAAAUCAAUGUGGCAAAUGUGGUAGACUUGGACACAACUCGCGUACUUGCCAUUGGCCGCUAAGUCAGGAUGGAGCAGUUCCACCUCCUGGAUCCAUACUACGAGGUGAAGCACCGAGGACGACUCACUGCCGAGGGGGCGGAACUACCCCCGCUUCGACCUCGAACGCAUGA